CAAAGACCGGAGACAAGUAGGCCGCGGGGCUUUUUGUCAAGGAAACGCUACUGUUUACAGCUGUUGCAACCGCCCUCUUUUCUCAACCCUUAGAAGACUUGCACGUUUUUGCUGCCCACGUCUAGUUCCAGCCAGGCGAAGAGUCAUGCCUAUACGCUGGAAGGGAUUAAGUGAGUACAAAAGAAACUUCAAAUGGAAGCAGCUAGAACAGCCUAGAUUCUGCAACUCUACACUUGAACAAAAAUGCCAAUGGGCUGGUCUUCGAUCAGAUGAGUUUGGGAUCACAAGAGAACCAAAUUUUAUUUCUAAGAGAAGAGUGCCUUAUUAUGACACACAAAUUUCAAAAUCUUUUCAAUGGAAUGGAGAUAAUGGCUUGGAGAAAGCUGCGUUAUCAGAAUUCGAAGUCAGUGAGCCAGUUGAAUUGCACAAAACUGACAGCAAGGAUGUUGAACUGAAUAAGGACCUAAUUGAGACAUCUGAUGCACCCAGGCUUCCUGAAAAACUGCAUCUCAGCUCUGCAGGAUCUAGAUCUGAAUCAACUGAAGCACUUGGAAGAAGCAAGAAGUCAGUGCCCCAAACUCCAGUGCAUGAAAAUAAAGUAUUAGCAUCUACCAAAAAAGAAUUAGGAAAAACAGAUCAUGGGCUGAACAGAGUUCUACAGAGGAGAGCAGGCAUAAAUAUUUCACAGUCAAGAAGCUUCCCUAGAAGUUCUGAGUAUCAAAGAGAGUUUGUUUGGAAAACCCCACAGAAGCUUUCUCCAGUCCUUGCAGCAGAUCAGUUUAUUCACAGAUCAAAUCAAUCCAUUCCUCCAUUUAAGUCUCCUGUUAUUAUCCCUGAAACUGAAUAUGAAAGGAAUUUCAAACCUUCACACCCUAUAAAACAACUAAAGCAAUGUUUUCUGGAAGAGAGUGAAUGUCCUAGAUCUGAAUCAAUAGAAGUCUCCUGUGGAGAAAAGAACGAAAAAAAUAAAAACACUACAAAGACAACAGAAAAUUCAUCAAAUCAGAAUGAAUUAGAAAUAAAGCAGAAAGAAAAAAAGCAAAAACAGAAGUCGCUGUGUUCACACAGAUGUUUUAAGAAAAUGAACACAGAAUAUAGAUCGAAAUUCUUGUCUCCUAGUCAAUACAUCUAUAAACAAGGAGCCUGGAUCCAUGUCAGAAAAAAUAUACCAUAUCAAGGUUCUCAAAACACUCUAAAUACCAUGUGGUAUAUGGAGGUGAAAGAACUUCGAGAGAAAGCAGAAGCUUAUAAGCAGAGGACACAAGGAACCCACUUUUCCAGAGAUCAUUUAAAUCAAAUCCUAUCAGAUAACAAUAGACUCUGGGAUUUGUCCUCUGAAUCCAGUGUGGAAGAAACCAUGAGCAACAAUAUCAGAGCGCUUGAUUUAGCAGGGGUUCCUGAAAACAAACUCUCUUCAGGUCCUAACAUAUUGGUACAACCUGCACCGUUGCAGCAAAGUAACAUUGAGAAUUUAGGUGCAUCAGAUGCUUCUACUAUUCCUGUCAAGCGACGUCUAGUUUGGGAUGAAUUGCAUGAUGAUGAGCAACAGGAAACUCUGUCACCUACAUUAGGGGAAUGCAAAGAAGAAGAAAAUAAGCAAGAAAUUGAUGAAGUUAAAAAAGUGAAAAAAAAUGACAAGGAUGCCAGUAUAAACAAUCAGCAAAAUUCUUCAGAAGACAGGGGAGAUUCUUCAGAAUCUUUAAGAGCAUGUGGUAGGCUUCCAACUCCACAACUUAGAGCACUUGGUGGAAUCCAAAGAACACAUCAUGAUUUGAAAACCCCAGUUACAGGCGGUGCUGUUUUAAUAUCUCCUCAGAAAGGAAAGCAUUCAUCCUCACUGCAAAUAGAAAAGGAAUCUUCAGAAAAGCAGUCUUUGGCAAAUAGUCAAGUUUCAAGAGAACAAGUAAAAGGAAAAACUAACAGGGGUGAAGAAAAAACUGUGACUAAUUCCCCAGCUGCAGGGCUGAAAACUUUGGACCCUUUGCCUCUACGAACAGAUCAGUGUUCCAAUCAAGAUAUUUCUGGUACAAGAAACUGUGCAACAUUAAUGCACUCAGAGCAGAUGCCUACAGUUUUUGAAACAAAGCUGGUUAAGGGUUCUGAUGUACCCUAUUGGAGACGGUUGUGCCGCAUUCAAGGAAGUCUCCGGGAUCCAGAGUUUCAGCAUAAUGGAAACAUUGCAAGCCCCAAAAGGAGCUGGUUACAAUUACCCCUUCAGGAAAGAAACUAUCAUGAUGAAGAUGAUGUUGACCGACUGUCCCAGUUGUCUGCUCGAUCUGCUGCUUCUGGUUCUCUUGCAUCUCAGGUUCUAGAACGAGCUCAAAGAAGAAAAGAAAAUUUCUGGGGCAAGAUGUGAUUGAAUUUUGCUAUGCUUAUAAUUUGUUUUAUAGUAGGGUAUUUUAACUUUUGCGAGAAAAAAAUAGUUAAAUAAUGUUUUUUUUAAUCAAUAAGGGGAAAGGAUCUGAUGUAAAAAUGCUGGAUAUUCAAAUACUCCUUUUGAUUUGGCUUAAUACUCAAGUACUUGAUUUGAAAUAUUAACUUAUCCAAAAUCUGUAUUCUACCUCACUCUAAAAAAAACAUUACAAAUAGACUAUAUCAUAAGCUAUUUUUAUUUGAUGAAUUCCAAAGGACUCCUUAUCAUCUUUAAAAAGCAAUGAAAUGGUGCCAUAUUAUAAGGUUCAAGAAGUCCUUGAUAUUGUAACAGAAAUGCAACCUUAAAAAUAGCCAAUGAAAAAGUUAAGUGGAAGUAAAAAAAAAAAUGGAAUAAGAAUAAACUAUCUGCUACCUUUAUGGCUUACAUAGCAGCUAAGGAUUAUUUGUGUUAUUCUAAAGAUUUUGUGUUAUUCUAAAGAUUUUUUUUUAUAAACCAUCAUUCAGUACAUUUAUAUACAAGUUUUAGUUGGAUUCUUUAUUAUUAAUCCCUGUGUUCCAGCAUGGACAAUCACUUUACUGGCUUUUGUUUUUGAUAGAUCAAAUACAGUUUUAUUAUUCUACAAAACUAAACUAACUUUCCCCAAUUGGAUGAUCUUUCAGAAUUAGUAUUCCUAUACUUCCCAGCCAUUAGGACCAAUAGCCAUGUUGCUGGGAAUUCUGGGAAUUAUAGUUCAAAAAAUUUUGGAAGAAACCAAGUUGGGGAAUUUUUUUAAAGCAGUUUUUAUUAUGAAAUUAUCAUGAAUAAUAUAGUCACAAAUAUUACUGUCAUAAUCAAUUUUCAAAUAAUUACUUUGGCAUUUCAGUAUUGCCCACCUUUUUCCUUUACCUCAAUAUUUAUAUCAUGAUGGCCAGCUUAAAACUAAAGUCUAUUGCAUUUCAGAUUGUAAUAUUAACAUGACUGGUAUAAUAAAGCACACAAGCAUGUAUUACUCUUGUGUGAUAGUUCAACAUUUCAGAGCAAAUGUGUUCUUGGCAAUCCUCUUUGUUGUGUUUAAAUCAUAAUAUAGCCUUAGGUUUUGUACAUGAGAAUCCUUAGCCAAACUAAGAGCAAUUUUUUUUUUAAAUAUUAUGUUUAGGAACUACUAAUUCUUCCCCAAACUCCAUGGUAAUUUGAAAAAGCUGAAUUAGGGAUGUGGUUCCCUAGCUAUUGGACACCAAGUUUCAUAAUUUAUAAUCAACAUUACUAGUGGUAAGAGAAAUUUGAAUCUAGUCCAGCAAGAUCUAGAAGCAAUAUAUUGUUGGUCCCUAAAGUAUACUUUAGUAAUUCAGAAAUGUGAUUAUUGCAUUAUUGUAAAACAUAGUUUUAAAUUAGAAUAAAAUUUAUAGUAAAUAUGCAGGAUAUAAUUAGUUCUUUUCAUAUAUUACUAUUAUUGCGUUUAAACAUUAAAAAGAUAAGAUUUGUGCAAAAAACCUUGACUUUUCUGUAAUAUUUUAAAGUUGGUUAGAUUUGUAUAUUGGGAAAUCAAGUUGUACAUGCUUUAAAAAUUGAGUAAUAUUUUGAAUACAACAAAUUCUUAAUUAUAAAUGUUCAUAUCUAUGCCAUAUUUUCAUGUUUCACUUGCAGUAUUGUUUCAACAUAAAUUUCAGUUAAUUCAAAAUUUUGCUUUAUUUUAAAAUAUGUAUUCAUAUUGUACUAAUACAUUUAAAUUGUCAGGAAAUGUAUUGAAACAUUUGGAGAAACAGAAAAUCUUGGUGUCUUCAUUUGUAUAUCUAUCCAGAAAUUAAGUAUAGAUCAGAUCAUUUCAUUUUCAACUCUACAAAAAUCGAUUUUAUGAGAUAGUUUUAGUUGAGAAAGAAACAUUAAAUAUAUGAACAUUAAUUUAACAAAAUGAAAUAAUGAUUGAAAAAUUACUGCUGAACCAUUCGGUCUGAUUUACCUGAAAAUGAUCCCAACUGAUUCAUUAAUGUAACAAAUUGAUUAUCUUUGCAAAUUUUUGUCUUUCACUUUGGGACCGAAACAAAGCAAUUACUUUGAAUACAAUAGAUGAGGGUUUUGAUUAUUUAAUUCUGUCUGCCAAGCAGAAUGAGUACACCAUUUUCUUAGCAAGUUGUUCCUGGAAAUAUUUGUAUAUUCAGAUUUCUGGCACUCCUGCUUGUAGUUAACCUCUCUAAUUUGAAUGUAUAUAUUACAAUCCAGAAAUACGGUUAUGAUACAGUUUCUGCAUUGUAGCAUUCAUAAUCUCUCCAUCUUCUGGAAAGAUUAGAAGCAUAACUGAAGAUAUUUUAGAUUUAUAAAGAAAUAAGAUAGGCAACAGUCUGUCUCACAUUAAUAACUGUGUAAAGCAGAGGUCCCCAACCUUUUGGACACCAGGGACCGGUUAUGUGGAGAGAGGUUUAUCCACAGACCAGAAGGGGUAUGGUUUUGUGUGCUGGCUGCAUCCUGCGUAUAGGGCUUUCCUUGUUUGUGCAGACUGGUUUCUGGCAUGCCACGGACCGGUAUUGCUCCACGGACCGGGGGUUGGGGACCCCUGGUGUAAAGCGUACAUGGCUAGAGUUACCUGAAUAGAAUAAUUAAAGUUGUGAGAUAGCUAGUAUCUGGUACUUUGAUCAAUAUUUUAAUCAAAAGAUUAUAGCUCAAAAGUUUUGAACCACAUUUGAUAUUUCUACUAAACCAAAGAGUGAAGAAAUGUAUUCACUUCUAUCAGUUUUUAGACAGCCCUAUAUCUAGAAUGCUUUUCUUGGUACCUGCCAAGUUCUUUCCUCUCUAGUGCUUUGGUUGGAAAUACAUUCUAGAAAAGGCAAACUGUUUUGAUAGAAGUAUCAUGUCUGGGUACUAGUAGGAACACCCUUAUGAAUUUUGUCUUCUGGUAUAUGGGUGUCUUGUAAAUUACCAUAUGCAUCAAGACAUCAUAACUAAUCAAUAAACAGUAUGUAUGUGAAUGUUCUACUGAAAUGUACCCACUAGACCAAAAUGUCCAUGCAAUUUUCCCUAAAUGAUUUUAGGAUGCAGUUUUAAACCUUUUAAUAAAUCACUGCUUAAUAGACACCACUUUAAAACUGAUAAUAAAGAAACAUUCAUUCACCUAAGUAAGUCAUCAAUGGAAUAUUGUCAUAACUUUCUUUGAUGGUAAAAACCUGAAAUGAAUUGUUUAUACCUAGGUCACUGCAGUUAUAGCAGGGAUCCUCACCACUUUGCGUUGAGAAAUAAAAAAUAUUCUCCAAAAAUGUAGGGGAACAUAUGGGAAGAAAACUCAAAGCACCUCAUCUGUUUUGCAUCAUUGCCCUAUUUACUGCAGAUGUCAGAAUCUAAUUAUAUUUCAUUUCUAGCUACUUACUCUGAAAAAAACCCCCAUUUCUUACUCUCUGGAUUCUGUCAUACUACAAAAGGGGAGGAGGAAGCAAGGGGGUUUUAUGACUCUCACUUCCUUCAUUUAAACUACAAAGGACUGGAUAUUGAUUCUCAUCAAGAGGACUGACCAUAACAAUAUGGCCAUUGCCUUUCAUCUACUCUCUCUCUCUGAAGUCUCCCUUUUGCCGGCAGUGAGGGAAAAGGGGUGGAACAAUGUAACGCCUGGAAUCUGGAAAAAGAGAGGAUGAGUGAUCGUCGCCCGGAAGGACUGUGGGGUGGGGACUGCUUGGGAAUACUUAAAACAUUGAAUGGUAGGGGUUGAUCCCUCCGAUCCUGUCUAGAACGCCUGCAAUCAUUUUCUCUUAAUAAAGAUUCCUGUUGGAAGAGAUAUUCCAAGAGUUAUGUCUUCUUAAGAUGUAAAGUGAGGUGGGUCCUUACAGCAAGUUUAUAUCCCCUCCAAUCAUUGUGCAGCAUUCAGCUACCAUUCCUGAUCAUUUCAUUCAUUGAAGUUGGGUUCACGGGUUCAGUUGGGCUUGCUGCUGAUGUACCUACCUCCCAG